AUGGCCGCAGCUAAGGAAAAGGCGUCGGUAUGCUGCAGCCGCGAUGCGCCUGCGCGUGUCGCUGGCGCCCCUGUCAUCCCCAUGCGCGCGAUCGCAGCAUCCCCGGUCGGCAAGGUCGUCGCCUUCGCCGCGGGAGGCGGUGAGCGCGUGGCGGCAUCGGCCGCAGGCGCAAGCGGCGCCGUGAUCGAGGAGAUCGCCGCGGUCCAGCCCACCACAGCGAAGGCCUCCUCCAAAGGGAUACCAAUAAUGACAAGAGCCCAGAGGUGCCACCCUUUAGAUCCAUUAUCUGCUGCUGAAAUUGCAGUUGCUGUAGCAACUGUAAGAGCUGCUGGAAGAUCUCCUGAGGAAAGAGACAGCAUGCGCUUUGUUGAAGCUGUGCUGUUGGAGCCAGAAAAGAAUGUUGUGGCAUUAGCCGAUGCCUACUUCUUUCCACCUUUCCAGCCAUCACUGCUCCCUAGAAGCAAAGGUUCUGCUGUUAUUCCAAGCAGGUUACCUCCUAGGAGGGCCAGACUUGUUGUCUACAAUAAACAAUCAAAUGAGACUAGCAUUUGGAUAGUGGAACUAUCUGAAGUGCAUGCAGCUACUAGGGGUGGACAUCACAGAGGGAAAGUGAUAUCAUCUGAAGUUGUUCCAGAUGUUCAACCUGCAAUGGAUGCUAUGGAGUAUGCUGAAUGUGAGGCUACAGUCAAAAGUUACCCUCCAUUUAUUGAAGCUAUGAAGAGAAGAGGUGUGGAUGACAUGGAUCUUGUUAUGGUGGAUGCUUGGUGUGCUGGCUACUACAACGAAGCUGAUGCUCCCAGUCGCAGACUUGGCAAGCCUCUGAUAUUUUGCAGAACUGAGAGUGAUAGCCCCAUGGAGAAUGGGUAUGCUCGUCCUGUCGAAGGAAUCUAUGUUGUUGUUGAUAUGCAGAAUAAUGCUGUGAUAGAGUUUGAAGAUAGGAAGUUGGUUCCUCUACCCCCUCCAGAUCAUUUGAGAAACUAUACUCCUGGGGAAACAAGAGGUGGUGUUGAUCGAAGUGAUGUAAAACCACUUAUCAUCAAUCAGCCUGAGGGUCCAAGUUUCCGCAUUAAUGGCUAUUUUGUGGAAUGGCAGAAGUGGAACUUCCGUAUUGGCUUCACCCCCAAAGAGGGUUUGGUUAUCUAUUCUGUUGCUUACGUUGAUGGUAGCCGUGGACGUAGACCUAUAGCACAUAGGUUGAGCUUUGUUGAGAUGGUUGUUCCUUAUGGAGAUCCAAAUGAACCACAUUAUCGCAAGAAUGCAUUUGAUGCUGGAGAAGAUGGACUUGGAAAAAAUGCUCAUUCUCUUAAGAAGGGAUGUGAUUGCUUGGGCUACAUAAAAUAUUUUGAUGCACAUUUCACAAACUUCACUGGUGGUGUGGAGACAAUUGAGAACUGUGUUUGUUUGCAUGAGGAGGAUCAUGGGAUCCUUUGGAAACACCAAGACUGGAGAACUGGUUUAGCAGAAGUAAGGCGAUCAAGGAGGCUCACUGUUUCAUUUAUCUGUACAGUUGCAAACUACGAGUAUGGUUUUUACUGGCACUUCUAUCAGGAUGGAAAAAUAGAAGCAGAAGUAAAGCUUACUGGAAUUCUCAGCUUAGGGGCCCUGAUGCCUGGGGAAUCAAGGAAAUAUGGCACAACUAUUGCCCCUGGUCUGUAUGCACCAGUUCAUCAGCAUUUCUUUGUUGCCCGUAUCGACAUGGCUGUUGAUUGCAAGCCUAAUGAGGCUCAUAACCAGGUGGUUGAGGUUAAUGUUAAAGUGGAAAGUGCAGGCACACAUAAUGUGCAUAAUAACGCUUUCUAUGCUGAAGAGAAGUUGCUGAAGUCUGAGUUGCAAGCAAUGCGUGAUUGCGACCCUUCAUCUGCACGCCACUGGAUUGUACGCAACACACGAACUGUAAAUCGGACCGGGCAGCCAACUGGUUACAGGCUCGUACCUGGUUCGAACUGCCUGCCUUUGGCUCUGCCUGAGGCGAAAUUCCUGAGGAGGGCUGGGUUCUUGAAGCACAAUCUCUGGGUCACUCAAUACAAGAGUGACGAGAUGUUCCCUGGAGGGGAGUUUCCCAACCAGAAUCCUCGCAUCCACGAGGGUCUGCCAACAUGGGUCAAGAAGGAUAGGCCUCUGGAGGAAACCGAUAUUGUUCUCUGGUAUGUGUUUGGGCUCACCCAUAUCCCAAGGCUGGAAGAUUGGCCAGUCAUGCCGGUGGAGCGCAUAGGCUUCAUGCUCGUGGUAUCAGCUUUUGAGCUUUUCAGCGUUUCUGUCAUAGGCAGUGAACCAAAGGAUCCCUUUGUUGCUUUCACAUAG